AUGUCGACGCAGCAGGUGCAGAGGUGUGUGAGUGAGGUGCUUGCAUUGGAUGAGAGAACUGAGAUUGAUUGGUCGCAGGGUCAGUAUAAGAAGCUGUUCAAUGCGACUUCUGUGCUGUAUAGGGCAUCGCUGAACAAAGUGGUGCUGAAGAGCGACGAGGAGACCGCAAGGGCACAUAUAUGUGCGAUUAUUGCGUGCCAGAAGUGUGUCGAGAAGCAGAGUCCGGGGGACCCACCGCUGCACUACUAUUUUGAUCGGGUCCCGCUUGAGCCGAGAAAGAUCCGGACGCUGCUGGACGUGUUCAGACAGAACCUGUCGCAGUGCUCGCCCGUGAAGCAAAUUCAAUGGAGUCCCAGCCCUCGGAAAUACGCUGCGAGGCGCGGGCCCGCCUCGCGGUCGAAUUCCGGGUCACCUUUGAAGAAGAAUGAGAGCUUCACGGCACAGGACCCACAGCAGUUGAGGCGGUUACUCUUCCCGAGUUCUCCACCGCGCAGUGAGGAGGGGACGCCCGUGCCAUACGCACCGAAGGGAGACACGCCGUCGGCAGACGUGGAUAGUGGAUCGCCUGUGGUCAGAAGGAAACUGGCAUUUGAGGACGAGAUCGAGGACGAAGAUGUCGAAACGGACGAUAAUUUAGAUAGCGAAAGCGCCACACCAAAUUUAGGGUUCCUAACGGGGCUUGAUGCAGGUCGCAAAGUGGGUAAGAAACGUGGAAGACGACCCACUCACAGGUCACAUAUAGCUCUCGCGAACAUCAAAAAGAAGUUUGCCAGGAUAAACAGCGCUGAGAUUAUUGACCUUUGCAACCGGUUUGAACUGCCACGGGACGUCACGUACAGCAUUAUUGAGCAGUACACGGAACUUGCUGGGUACUUAGUAUCCGCUUGGCAGCUACUGUGCGGGCUGGUUCUCCAUGGCGUCUACGUCGUUUUCAGCGAGAAACGGAAGAGGGACCCACGGAUCGACCACUUGCUUUUGAAGAAAAUGAUGUUUAUGAUGCAGACAGAUAACCUCGAGGAGGUAAUUCUGUGCUACACGCUUGUGCAGGAACUUGUCGUUGGGCAGAAGUGGUAUCGUGCGCUGCAGGUAAAGUACAACUACUUCGACGGGUUCGGAUACGAGGAGACUUUAUCGAAGAAGCUAGGGUCGAUGCUCCAGUCGGAUAAAAUGCUCUUCACGGACGAGCAGUACGAGAACUGGAGGAGGAAAGUCCAGCAAGAUAUGUCCCUCCGUGAUGAAUAG